AGCUGCCAUCCACGGCCUCAGGCCUGAAGCCCACAGGGACGCACUCCCCAUUCAGACACCACUGUCGAGACACACGGAGGGGACUCGGGCCGGAGAGCGCCGGGGGGUCCGUGAGCCAGGCUGGGCCCGAGCACGGACAUCUGCCUGUCACCCCCACCUGCACAGCUGGGCCGGGCACCCUACCUUGCUCUCCCCACACCUGGUACCGUCCACGGCCGCAUCCAGCUUGGAGUGACAGAAACCUCCUGGACUGCCAAGCCCUCCUGUGGCCUGGCUCUGAAUUCCCGGGUCCUCCAGCCCUCAGCCCGGGGCCUGGCCGGCAGACAGGGACCUGGACAGCGUCACGUCACAGCUGACACAGCAGCACGCCCCUGACGGCCCCACUGCGGGCCGAAACCUAGAGUCACCUGUGCGAGGACCCAGGCCUGGGAGAGCCAGGGGACAGCCUCUCCUCACAGGACCCCGUGCGUCCCCUGCCCUAGGUCACAUGGCAGGGUGAUGAUGCUAGGACCUGAGGCCAGGCCCAGGCUGCUGGCGCCCACGGGUGUCCACUCACUGGCCUGGCCUCCAACACUUCACUCCAAAUGUGGUGAGGUCUCGAGGACAGGUGCCUCCUCUGUCUCCUUUACUGUACACGGAGCACAGGGCAGGGAGUGGACUUCUAGGAAAACAUGGCACAUCGAGGGGACAGCUUUAUCUCCACUGCCUUCCAGAACCCCACAGGGUGUAAAUCCACAAGAACAAAGAGCAAGGGAGAGGUGACGAUAGCAGAGGAAGGAUGUCAGCAAAAUUCUGGAAGCUGGAGAGCAGAUGGCUUAGUAAUGGCGACUCGGUGUCCCCUUGAGAGCUGAGAGCCCAGACCUCCCGGGAGCAACCACCCAGAAGCAGAGCCCUAGACGUCUGGGCGCCCCAGAGGCUGAGGCCCCGAGCCGGCUCAAGAACUGGCUGUAAGAACCCAUCAGACCCCAGAUCUCUCCCCAACCCUGCCUGGCCGAGGGGGAACUAGAUCUGGCCCAGGAACGUUAGACACAGGUGAAAGCCCAAGGCGGAAGGAACUACAGAGAAAAGGGGAUGAACAAAAGUGUACACGAGGACGCUGAGACACCCACCAAGCCUGGCUUCCCCAUGGAAGCCAGAAUGCUGUUGCCAGACUCACCCUCUCCCAGGAGAGAACUAGAGAAUUCCUCUCCAGGGAACCGAAUCACUCAGAAAAAAGGAGCCCGGACCCUGACAUUUGAAGAUGUCCUGAAGAAGCAGCCUCGUCCUGGCCAGUCCCCUCCGCAGUGGCUCCGGAAGGUCCUGCCCAGUCCCCAGACCGCCCCUGCGGCACCCCAGUGCCUCCCGCCAGGUGGAAAAUACAGCCAAACCAUUUACAGGAAACCUUAAGCACCAAAGAAAUAGUCUUUAAAAAUAACUCAAAGGAAGGAAAGACAUUGCAGGGAGCAGAAGAAUACAUUUCCGCGUAAGUAAUAAUGUCAGAAAGAUGAGAGAAGGUACUGGUUCCAUGAAGAAAGAUAAUGAAAAGGAGAAUUUGGUGGAGAAGGAAGUUGAAAGUACAAAAGGAUGACACCAGGGAGCCAGACCCCGUUGGUGUCCGCUGCCCCGCAGCCCCUCUACCUGGCACCCCAGUGCCCUGUCUGUGCCCCCCUCGGACCCUGCCACAGGGGAAGGCUUACUCCAGGAACCUGGUGAUGUACUCGCGGCUGCAGUGGGACCAGGCAGCUUUCCAAGGCCCUGCGUAUGUGGCCGUCACCAGGGACCCAGGGCGUCUGAACAACAGACAGCCCGCACAGUGGCUGUCACACAGCCCGCUCAGCUUGACCAACAGGACUCUGGGAGCCUGCCUCACGGCCUCCGGACUGUGCGCCUCCUGGGAGGACCAGCGAGGCAGGCAGCAGGGACUGCGGGUGACAGGUGAAGCCGCCUGGGCUACGGGGGCCCUCGCUGUGCCUUCCACACAGGGCAGCUCAGCUGCCACCAUCUGGCUGGCUGGCUGUUGGCCUCCUAAUAGGUGUCCCCACUGCUCCAUGGCCCUCCGGCGCACUUGCUUCUGUCCUCGAAAUGCAAACCCGAUCACAGCGAGUCUUUGCUCAAGCAGUUGUGGCUGUCCACGGGUCCCAACCUUCCAUCCUGUUUUUUUUUGGGGGGGCUUUAUUCCCCCCCAAACUCCCAAGCACCAUGACGCCUCCGUCCUAGCACCCCAUCCAUUGCAGCUUCACAUUCGUCGAGGUGACGGUUUCACUAAUGUCGCCCCCAACCCCCACUGACUCCAAGGGGCCCGGGCCUGCCUGCGUGGGCUCUCCUGCAGCACAUGAUGGGCACUCAAGAAAUUCUCGUGGACUGAAUGAAUGGAUCUUGAAUACUUGUCAAGUAUUUCCUGAAGGGCCCCCCACACCCUCCUGGACUGAAGAGCUUGGAGGCUGUUCCCACUGGGGGCCUGGGGGCGGCCUGCCAGCCCUCUGCCCCGCACCCACUUCUGGCCUCGCCAGCGCCACCCCGGUCCUCCCCGCACUGGCCCCGCCCACAG